AUGCAGACUGCAUGCUCUAGUAUGAGUAGCGAUAUCCAUGAUAUCCGUGAGAUACAUGGGACGGAGUCCAUGGGGACUGGAGGAGGAAGGAGUAGUAGGAGAAGAAAGUCGUCUCAACUGCCACUUCGUGGCAGUUUCAACAGUGGGAGUAAUACGAAUGGUGGAGGAGUUGAGUCAGGUAUUGUUCUGCCUCCGAAUAAUACGAAUAAGAAAUUUGAGACGUUGCCUGAGCAUUUACAGUUGAACGGUGUUACGCCCAGUGGGAAGCCACGGUUGUUUGUUUGUAAGGUUUGCACGCGGGCGUUUGCUAGACAGGAGCAUUUGACGAGACAUGAGAGGUCGCACACGAAGGAGAAACCUUAUGUGUGUGGUAUUUGUGAGAGGAGGUUUACGAGACGGGAUUUGCUAAUCAGGCAUUGCCAGAAGUUGCAUGGGGGUAACUGCGGGGAGUAUAUUCGCAGGACGUCGAGGAAAGUGCGGAAGGAAGCCAAGAACGCGGGCCAGGCGCAGGGACAGGGCCAAACAGAGACGGAAACUCUUGUUGGAACCUCAUCUGAAGGCAAACGGGUGAGAAAACGGUCCACUAGGGCGGACUCUUCUGCUAGUAGCGCAGCUAUGACCAGGUCUUUGAAAACAGCGGUAGCCGCCGAGUCACGUGUAGCAGCUGCAUCAGGAUCAGGAUCAGGAUCAGGUAAUACCGAUACUGUAGCUGAUAUAAAACCAGGGACCGGGGAAUGUUCCCCAGGUACAACUGAGGAAAAGAACCCCAGCCGCCUCUUCUCUGACACCAGCGCUCAGUUACCCAAGAAGAAUACAGUAUCGAACAUGCAUAGAAGAGUGUCGUUUUCUGCACAAUCGGGAGGCAACUACGCUAUCUUGCCCGAUUCAGACGCCUUUGCCAAGGAAAAGCCAGAGCGCGUCGAUUUUUCUACCCCACAGAUGUUGCCACUAGACUUUCUCGAUCCCAUGUCACAACUGGAGGAACCCACAGGCUUUAACCUUCUCGACAGGAACAACUGGAUAAACGACUUUAAUAACGACAUACUUUUAGGAACAGACGACCUGCAAGGAAGUAGUUCGAACCCGCGUUCGAAUUCGUAUUCGGAAGCCUCACCGGCGUCGAACGCGAACUCGAACUCGAACUCGAACACUAGGAACUCUUCUUGGGAAAUUCAAGGUGACACAUUGAAAAUAAACUCAUUGUUCUCCUUUCCAAUGUCACAGAGCGACUCCAAUCGCUCCAACACCGACUGGAAGACUUUAGCCGCAACAUUGAAACCGGAGAUCGAAGGUGUUUCCGCUAUGGAUUCCACGGAAUCUGGCGCACCUAGAAACUCUGCAGAUGAAAUAACAAACACUUUGCACAACUUUCAAUUGAAGCUAGACGAAAACGGAACCAACGGUGGUGUGGACUUUGAUAUGAAUCUCAACCAGAUAAAUGCGAAUGGAACUGAAAAUGGUACUAGCAAAAACUCUAUCAGCCCAGAUUUUAACAUGGUGGUUCUAGGCAGCAGCGUCAACCCUAAUGCCAUUCAUAGAAAUGGAAUCUCCACACACAACGGAAUACCGACGGAAUCACCUCCACUUCGCACCAACUCUAAUAUUGAUAAUGAGCUGAAGUUACUGCACCCAGCGGAUUUCACCCCAUCUAACGAUAUUUUAGAUCACGACUCCACAAUCAAAGGUAGUGUCGCUUUCAACCCUAAUGACAACUUAUUUAACGAAACAAGAAACAAAAGAGACGACAGUAAUUAUAAUUUAAAAGCUAAUGCUAAUAACAGCACCAAUAAUAAUGACAACAACAAUGAUAUUAAUAAUAAUAAUAAUAAUAAUAGUAAUGACAACAAUAAUGAUGAUACUAACCCGAAGAAGAGUAAAAUGUCACUACCCUCAUCUAAUGUUUCCAAAGAGCGUCAAAUUUUGUAUCCUAAUGAAGACAGUGACGAUAAGUCCCACAUAGACCCUAUUCAAUUACAAGCUGUAUUGGAUCCAGGAUACACUUUUUAUGACAUUCAAUAUCCACAACCAUGCAACAUUUCUAAGGCCUCUCCAAAGGAGCGGGAUGCAGAAAUAAACUUCUUCAACGAUGAGAUGAGAAGAUAUUGUGAAGAUGCUUUAUUGCAUUAUUCCAGUAUUUGUGGACCAGAUUACAAACCUUGUACUUUAUCGUGCUCUAAUGACGAGCUAAACACGUACUUGAGACUUUACAUCAAACGGUUCCAUCCACAUCACCCAUUUAUCCAUCCUUCCAUUUGGACUCAGGAUCAACAAGUUUACAGAUCAUACGUGUACGAGCAAAAUGCGUCCAAUAUCUCAUCAUCGGUGGACAAUUUAAUUCAUUACACCAACAUCAUCUGCCUACCAUUGUUCGCUGCAACCAUUGGAUCUCUAUUUAAGAACACUUCAUCUCGUUCAGCAAGUAAGACGAAAGAACUAUAUGAAAUUGCAAGAAGAAUAUUGCAUGUUUAUUUAGAUCGCAGAAAGAACCUAAAACAAACCGACAUGAACACUCCACUGAAUUCUAACUUGUGGUUAAUUCAAUCACUUACAUUGUCAGUAAUGUAUUCCAUUUUUGCAGAACACGAUAGUUCAAAUGUGAAUAAGUCUGAUCAAAUAUUAAAACAGAUUGGCGCAGUGUGCUCGUUACUCAGGAAUUAUUUCUUGCCAAUAUUGCGGAAGAAACCUCCUCAUUUAUCGUCCGAAGCUGAAAUAAUAAUUUGGGAAUCGAAGUUACGGACUACAUUAACAAAUUAUAACUUGUGCCAAUUCUUGCAAGUUUUCCAUAGGGUUUCGUCUUCUAAUUUCAUUAAAAACCAAGAGCUUCAAACAAUAAUGAUUCCAAAUGACGAGGCUAGGUGGGUAAGCCUCUCAUUUAAUUGGGAGGACACAACAAUAAAUUCAGAUCAUUUAUACCAUUUGAGUUUCCUACAAUUCUUCCAAAGCUUCCAAUUCAGUGAUUUAGGAUAUCAUACUAUCCCAGAGGUCUUAGUUAAUGCAAUGCUAUUUUUCGAAUACUCAACAAAAUUAUCAGGAAAUAACAUGACAGUUUUCAUUAACAAAAUUGAUACUAAGAAGUUAGAGAAGAAUCUCCCACAGAUUGAGCAGAAUGCAAUAACUUCCGAUUGUUUGAUCGGCGAUGCUAUUAAUUUGAAAAAUUCACUAAUUUGCUUAAGGCUCUUUGAUAAAUUGGACCCCCAUUUCUUUAAAGUAAUAUCGAAAUAUGGGUUAACAGAUCACAUCUUUGAAAAUUGUUUAUCGCCUAUACAUGCAAACAUUCUCUCUAAGAACUCAGACUCUUUAAUCAUUGACUUACUAGUGUCUGUGAAUGUAUCAAUUAAAAACAUUGCAUCGCUUUUCUAUUUCACAAAUGAGUCUGGAUAUUAUCAGGAAAUCAAGUUUAAUUAUUCUAAAACUUCGAUGUACCAAGUCCAGGGCUACUUUUACAAUUUCCUUUGUAUAUUGAAGUUUAUCCUUGAUUUCGAAGCGACACCAAAUUUCAAAGUGUUGAGUAUCUUUGCAGAGCUAAGAAAAAUCAUCGAACAAUUGAUGAUACCGAAAUUGAUAAAUAACUAUCCAACUGAAUUCGCAAAAUUUCCUGACAUUAUGUCAAUUUUUGAAGGCCCUUCCCCACAGAAUGCUGCUCCAAAUCAUACUUUCAACUUAGAACAUUUGGAGAAAUUAAUAGAAUCGGUUUUGGCACAGUCUUUCAAUGAUUAUAACUAUCUAAAAAUGCCGGUAGGAUCCGUAAACGCAUUGAACGAGUUUGAUUUCCACUCUUCUUCCGAAACAUCUGCUCCUAAACCAAGUAAGUCAUCAAUUAAUCUAAUGAGGCAUCAUGAAACUUGUAAACAAAAUGGCGCCAGAGUAAAACAAGGAUUCUAUGAGCGGUAUCACCUAUCAGAUAAAUUACUACAGGUUGCUAAAUGUUCUUUCCUUUUGAUCUACGAAUCUCAUGUUCACUGUUCGCAGCUCUCAAACUUUAUUGAUAUUUUAAACACUAUCCAGUCUAAAUUUGAUGACCAACGCAAAAUGACAAACAUUCUUACCAAUAGUGUUAACCAAGCAUAUGGUCAUGACACUGUUCCACAAGGCCAAAUGAGUAGCUAUUCUUUGGCAAAUAUGCUAAAUUUGCCAAACUCGAACACACCGCCUGGUGAUUACUACUUCAACCCCAAUUCACUUUGA